AAAUCAACGCUCUUAAUGCCGCGAAGCGAUUUUUCUUUGCGAGCCCACCUGGCGACCGAGGAACCGCGCUGACGCGAUUUUUGGCAAAAGAACCGGAUUUACGAGCGCGCACUCAAGCAAAACGCCCGCGGCGGUCAGUUCGUCUUACACGACGGACCGCCCUACGCCAACGGAUCGAUUCACCUCGGUCACGCGCUCAACAAAAUUCUCAAGGACAUCGUUUUGAGAAACAAAACUUUGGAAGGUUACGCCACGCCUUUUGUGGCAGGCUGGGAUACCCACGGACUCCCGAUUGAAAACCAAGUUUUGACCAAGCUGCGACAAAAUUACCAAGGCGUUGAUCCGGCUCGACUCCGCCAAGCGGCCCAGGCUUACGCCGAGCAGCAAAUUCAAAUUCAAAGACAACAGUUUUCUGCUUUGCAGCUUUGACCCGAUUUAACGAAUUACUACCAAACCGAUCAGCCCACUUACCAAGCUCGUCAGUUGGAGGUGCUAGCCAAACUGGUGGCCGAUAAGUUGGUAUUUCGGGCGCUGAAACCGAUUUACUGGUCGCCUUCUUCGCAGAGCGCUCUGGCCGAGGCAGAAAUCGUUUACAAAACUCUCAGUUCACCGCAAAUUUACGUGGCUCUCAAUUUGGUGAGCGGCAACCAAAAGGUGCCACCUCACACCAAGUUAGUCCUAAUGACCACCACGCCCUGAACUUUGCCAGCUAACAGCGCCUUAGCCGUCGGUGGUCAAAUAAAGUACGCGCUCGUCAAAACUAACGGGCAAAUUUUUUUAGUUGCCGAGGCGGGCCUCAAAAAGCUUGCUCAAUUAGUCGGUUGAACUAAUUACCAAGUGGUCCAGUUGCUGAGCGGCCAAGACUUAGUCGGUCUGACCUACCAGCGACCUUUCAGCGAGCGACCUGGCCCAGUCGUUUUAAGCGAGCACGUUGACGCCCAGGAAGGAACGGGCCUAGUUCACUUGGCGCCUCUGUUUGGCGUGGAUGAUUACCAGCUCGGCCAAAAAUACGACCUCGAGAUGAUUAUGCACUUGGACGACCGGGGCGUGUUCAACCAGGCCAGUCCGAUCGCUCAAGGUCAGUUUUACCUCAAAGCCAAUCCGAUCAUUUGCCAGUUUCUGCGCGAGCACGGUCAACUCGUGUUCGAGCAAGCGGUCACCCAUUCCUAUCCCCACGACUGGCGAACCCACCAACCUGUCAUUUACCGGGCGACCAAGCAGUGGUUUGUUAACUUAGCGCCUCUCCGCGGACGCUUGAAAAAAGCGCUAACUAAGGUCAGUAGUUACCCCGGAUGAGGCACCGAACGUCUUUUAACGAUGGCCGUCGCCCGCGAGACGUGAACGAUUUCGCGUCAAAGAAGUUGGGGCGUGCCGCUGACGAUAUUCUACGAUCGCGAUGGCCAGCCCGUUUUUGAACCGGCUCUUUUUAAACACAUCAUCCAGCUCGUCGCCAAGCACGGCAGUCAAAUUUGGUGGGAUUGACCGACCGAGCAGCUCGUUCCGACCGCUUUUGCUCAGCGAGCCCAAGAUUGAAAAAAAGAGACCGACAUCAUGGACGUCUGGUUUGAUUCCGGCACUUCUUUCCGCCUGCCUUUUCUCAAAAGUCAACCGGCUGAUCUGUGUUUAGAGGGAGCCGACCAGUUCCGCGGCUGGUUUAAUUCUUCGCUGGUCAACAGCGUGGCUUGGCAUGAUCAAGCGCCGUUUAAAAAGAUUAUCUCGCACGGGUUUGUGCUGGAUCAAGCCGGCCACAAAAUGGCUAAGUCGCUCGGUAACGUGAUUGAUCCGGCCCAAAUUAUUGACCGUUACGGCGCGGAGAUUUUGCGACUUUGGGUUGCGACUUCCGAGUACAGCGCGGACGUGAAUGUUUCGGAAGUUAUUUUAGAGCAAGUUGCUAGUUUGUACCGGGGACUAAGAAGUAAAAUCAAGUUCAUGCUGGGCGUGCUAUUUGACUUUGUUUGGAACCCGCAGACUCAGCCAGUUUACAGCGAGCUAGACCGGCUGGUUCUCAGCGAUUUGGCCCGUCUCAAGAAAUCGGUUCGACACGAAUACGAUGCGGCUCGCUUUAACCAAGUGGUUAACUUAAUCAACCUUUUUGUGCUCGAUCUCUCCUCGUACUACCUGGAAGUUUCCAAGGACGCGCUUUACGCUGACGCGGCUAAUGACCCGGGUCGCAGAGCGAUUCAAAGCGUUCUCUACCAAGUGUUAAUCUUCAUUUUGCAAGCAAUGGCGCCGGUUUUGCCCACGACUUGCGAACAAGCUUACCAAGCCUACCAUUUUGACCAAAAAAAGGACUCAAUCUUUUUGACCAAGGUUGAUUACCGCGCUCAAGCUUUACCGGUCGACUCCGAGCGCUGGAAGCAGUUUUUUCAGCUUAAGGACUUGGUUUUUAAAAUGUUGGAGGAGGCUAAGCAAGCCGGGCAGAUCGGACGCAGCUACGCGGCUCAAGUAACUUUGGAAAAAAAGUGGCCCGAGUUGGAAAAGUGGGACUUAGCUAGGCUACUCAUGGUUGGUCGGCUGGUUUGGGGAGAAACUAACCGAGUUGAGCGCUUUGAUUCGGUUAAGUGCGUGCGCUGCUGA